AUGGCUCCACCAAAAGGCAAACUGCCUCGAGGCGAGCCUCUCGACCAGAGUCAGUGUCGCCUGAUAUCGUUGCCUGCAGAGCUUCGAACAUACAUCUACGAACUCGCGCUGCUGGUCGAGCCCGAUGCCAACAACGACGUAUUCAUCGCGCACGACACUAUCAGACCUGCGAAAUUUCGAACAAAGCCGAGCGUGCUCGCACUGCUCGCUACUUGCCGGCAGAUCUAUCAAGAAGCAGCGGGUAUCUUCUUCGCUCAAAACAACAUCUGCAUCCCAUACCGCGCGCUGUACGCCAACUCCUCGAACUACAAGGCCAGCGGAUUCUUGGACGAGACAAGCCAACUUCGACUCGACGGACUCCACCAGCUGAAGGUCAUGGUCUAUGGCACCACCCAACACAAGAAGUACUUCCCCCAGUGGGAAUCGCUUACCGUCGCCUGCAAGAGUUUGAGGAAAGCGAGUGCAUUGACGAAGCUCCACUUCGUUCUGGGACCAAGAUUCAACGGGCGCCUUUGGCUGAUGCAUAUCAAGGAAGAGAUGGUCUUCUUGGGAAGAGCAAUCAAGAGGCUGGCCUUGGUUACGGAGCUGUGCUUUGAGCUCCCGGGAGACCUGGUCUUCCCGUACCGCGAGACUGUGAGGAGUGAGUUGGAGAAGGCGUCAGCGAAGUUGCCAGACAAUACGGCGAAAGUGUACUUUGGUGUCGGCCAUACAAUGCAGCGGUAUGCAAUCACUUCUAUGAGGGUGAAGUUGUGGUGUACCUUGUGUAGCUAG